AACAGCUACGUUUAUGCUAGGGACAGAGCCAGAUAGCUAAGGUGAGGAUAUUAUUUAGUGAGGUUGUUGUACAUAAUGCAAUAUCACAGCUAGUGCUUAUCGAACGACCAAGAUCUUGUUGGAGAACAAAAAUAUAUCCAGGGUUUGGGGCGAGGCCUGUAGCAGUGGGCGGGCGGAGUGGAGCUUCAUGGUCGCGAGUCGGGCUGCUUCAUGGAUGAGGGACUAUCACGAGGAGAAGAGGUGGUGAGACCGGCGGUUCUAGGUGGGAGCGGAAUCGGGGACGGGGAGCUGUGCAACAGUGUCGGCUACGGAGCCCCGAGCCCGGCCAGCUCCGAUGAGAACCAGAACCGCCUUCGGGAGGACGAGUUAGAGGGGCAGCUGCGGGGGGGACAGGAGCUCUUUCGGCAGGACUCCAUGAAUAACAAUGAGGAAAUGGACAACAGGCCCUGCCCCUCACACCUGGACACCCGGCACAAAGACCGCUCCACAGCCGGCACACAGCAUACCACAGACACAGAUGUCCCUGGGGGCAGCCCUCCUGUGUGUCCCUUGACUGGUUCCCCCGACCCCCUGGGAGACAAAGAGGGGGGUUCCCCCCAAAGUACCAGUGCCCCCGACCUGUCUUCGGCAGUCGCCUUGUUACGAGAGCUGCAGGGAGAUGGUGACCACCCCCGGCUGCCUCAACGGCUGCACCAGAUAGCGGAGGUCUACUUCCUUGAAGAAGAUUACGAGCAGGCUCUGCAGUUCAUCCAGCUGGAGAGGCUGUACCAGGAGCGCCUGCUGUCCAACCUCGCCGCCCUGCAGGAGCACUGUGAGUCCAGAUGGAAGGCAGGCCAUCAGGGCGGGAGCCAACCCCAGGGACAAGCCCAAACUGACCUGAGAUCAGCUCCGCUGGAGACCCUGAGUCAGAUCUGCAGGACACACCAACGACCUUCUCUCAGUGCGGAUAAGCACAAGGCACUGAACAGCAGAACCCGGACUGGAGAAGACGCGGCCGACGGCACUUUGCUUCCAUGCAGCGCGCACGGCGCUGAAUCGGGACGGCUGAUGGAGGAGCGGCAGGCCUCCGAGGAGCUACACCCGGCACUGAGCGCGGAGGACGUUCCCACCCCGGACCACCAGAGGGCGCCGCUAUGCAAUUCUGACUCCUCUGCCCCUCUUCUGGAUGCGCCCGCCUCACCUGUGCCCACCGGCCAUGACUCCGCCAGUGGAGACGGCAAAAAGGAGCCGGGCGGUGAAGACCAGCCGACCGACGUCUCGUUGUCGGCCGGGCCGGACCUAACCGUUCCCCUGGGGGUUGACCCAGAAACGGAGGAAUGUUGCGGUUCACAGUCUGACACUGAACUGACGGGGGUGGAGGAGGUCACCCCUGAGACAGGAGAUGAAAAAGGGGAGAGCGAGGACACGGGGCAGGUUUCGCCCGCUGGGGAGGACCCGGACCUGCUCCACACUGAAGGCCUUGAGGUCCUGGAGGGAGAGGAGGAGGAGGAGGAUAUUCCAGAAGAAGACUUUGAGGACGAUGAGUUUGGAGAUGAGACUGUUGUUGUGCCGGGAGUAGCAGUGGCUUCGCUGGACGAAAUGGCCAAAAGGAUAAAGGUGGAGCAGACUGCCCCCGCACCGGGCCUCGUCUCCAUCCUGAAGAGAAGGUCGUCGCUGGAGGGAUCCCCGCCCCAGCCCCCGGCCCCGCCAAAACAGGCUCCCAAGCGCAAAGUUCGCUUCACCGAGCCAGACGACAUGGUGGAUCCAGAUGAUGUGGGCCUAGACUCCUGCCUGCUGCUCCUCCUGCUGUGCAUGGUCACCAUGGUGAUCAGCGUGGGCGGGACGGCGUUGUACUGCACCCUGGGCGAUCCCCAGUCCAGCGUCUGCACUGACUUUUCUCACAACGUGGACUUCUACCUGGGCCAGGUGCAGCGAGGCGUGGAAGAGAUCCGCCACUGGCUCUCCCCCGGCUCGUAGCGGGGCCGCGGGAGGGAGGAGAAGCCCCUCGUGCUUUAGCCCUGUCUUUCUAUUCAUCCUUUCUUUUCCCCCUCUCCCCCAGCCCUCUCUGCUUUCCUCCUGUGGACUACGAAUGCAAGGUGUGUCUGAAGGACUGUAGGACUGUGUGAGUGACUCUGUGUGAGAGAGUUAGUCUGAGCGAGUCCAGAGUGAGCGAGCCCAGAGUGAGCGAGCCCAGAGUGAGCGAGCCCAGAGUGAGCGAGCCCAGAGUGAGCGAGCCCAGAGUGAGCGAGUCCAGAGUGAGCGAGCCCAGAGUGAGCGAGCCCAGAGUGAGCGAGCCCAGAGUGAGCGAGCCCAGAGUGAGCGAGCCCAGAGUGAGCGAGCCCAGAGUGAGCGAGCCCAGAGUGAGUCUUGUGUGAGUGUGUGGAUGACUGACUGACUGACUGUGUGCGUGCGUGCGUGCAUGUGUAUGAUUGAUUGAGAGUGUGAGCUUGGAAUAGCAGACAGCAGCCGUAAAAAGUCUAUCACGCACAAAGGUCAGCCUGUCAUUUUCUGGACAGCGUCCGUGACGUGACCUUCAUCUCAGACAGCAUCUCUAAGCAACACUGGACUGGACCCACCUUUUCCCUUUGUAUGUGAUUGGCUGACGGGAUGACAGACAGCCCGUUUCGACCAAUCCGGGACGGCACCAAAUCUGCCCGCCCUCACAUGGAGAAGUGACUCCACCUCAGCUUUCAAAAAAUUUACGUGGCUCACGUUCGUGCCACACGUACUGCCACAACCUCAGAAAUCAAUCUAAAUGUUACAGUUCUGGUGUGUCUGAGCAUGGGGGCGGGGAAUAAGUCUUAACCUUUUAAUUAGUAUCAUUUUAUUGAAUUGAUUUGCUAUACAUUCUUUGUAUCCCUCUUUUGAGAGGACAAAUGUUGUAACGACAGGCUUUAUGGGCUUAGGGGUGCAAUAGCCUGGAAGUAGCAUUGGUCUGUAAUGGCCACGUCACUAUUUCGCAGAAAUCCGCGGCAGGGACAGUGCAAUGCAUUUGUAGUGUAGACUCUAUUAAGUAAAAAAAAAAAAGAAGGAUCACAUCAGAAAGAGGAUCCCUGAUGACUCAGGCAUGCAGUUGUAUUGUCCGCUAUGGUUAACGUCGUUGUCAUUGUUCUUUAUGGUCUCCGUUUUAAUUUUCAUGGAUUUGUGGGCUUGCUUGAUUUUUUAACUUAAUGGUACUUUCGUAAGUUUUUUUCUUCACGCAUUUCCCUUUGUUUCUUAGUGAUGUCUGCUUGCAAUGAAAAGGAAAUCUACUUUUUGUGUUAUAUAUUAUUUCUGGGGGGUGUGGGUGGGGGAUACACCAACUGUUCAAUUCCGUUAGCGCUGCGCGCAGGUACGCUCAAAUGGAGUUUAGGACAGUGGUCCUCAUUCAUGGUCUUGGACCUGCUGGUUUUUCAAUUAAAGCACUUAGUUACACGGUUGACUCCCCUCACCUGGUUUCUUGGGUCUGAAUUGGUGACCAGCACACCCUGCGGUUCUCCAGGACGAGGAGUGAGGACCACUGUUUUAGGGUGUUUCUGUUGCAGGUAGAAUCUAAAUAGGAAGUUGGGCGGUGACGAAACCACUACUGCAGCGAGGGGAAAAAUAACGGAGAUGUUGGUCUAUUUUUAUUUCCACUACUUUUGAAUGUUUUCUGGCUGGCUCGGAUGACAUUCUCUUUCAAAAUGCGGGAUUGGAUAUAUAUAUUUAUUUUAGUUUACGAAAGUGGUAGAACAGAAAGUGCAAACGGAACACUUUUUAAAUCAAGAAACGUAAUGUGCAUGUUUUCUCGUCUUACCGUUUGGACUUGUUGUGGUUACUGUAUUUAGAUUUUUGAAAUUACAGUUAUUUUAACCGUAAUGUGGGUUUGUGCUAGCAGGAAUUUUGCGAAAGAGGAACUGCUUCAUUUUACAUCAUUACCACUUCAAAGAUGUUGGUUUUAAAUGACGGUUUAAAUUAUGUUUCAUGUCAAAUCUUACGAUAGUCCAUUUUUUGUUUGUCAUUUUAACAUUUUAACACAUUUUAGAAUUGUGUAAGUCACAUACUGGUCACAGCCUUAUCCCGCAACUGAAACAUAUGCAGAGUUCGUUCUCCUUAAUUUUUGAGAAAAAAAAAUUGUAUUCUUAACCUGUUAUUGAUGGGGGAAAAAAAGUCAAGUGAAGGGAAUAUAAGUGGUGUGGCCUGUUAUGAAAACCUGCUCCCCCACCUUGUCUGGUGAAUAAAUGUUGUUGUUGGAAUCCAUUGAAGUGGAUGCAUUGAGUCAUUGUAGGACUGGAAUGUUCAGGCAUUACUCCAUCUAAGCAUGCUGUAGCUACGUACUGUUAGUGGUUCUCAAUGCAAGGGCACACGGAGAAGGCGAUUGGUGCAAUUGCUCAGUGUUUCAUCUAAUAAACUGACCAACCGUGACAUACCAUGGCAUUCUAUAUUCUGUUUAGAGGUCCAACAAUGUGUACUGUUGCUUAAGAGUAAUGAGAAUUCACACCUGACUGGUGCUUUGUUUUUCUCGGCCAUUUCAGUUGGCCAUGAGAAAAUUAUUAUUUUAUAUUCCAAAGUAUGUUUCAUUUUUCAGCCAUAAAGAAUUGCAGGGGUUUGUCACUGAAAAGAAAUCCCAGUGAGCAGAAUGAAACAUGUUUUAUUAAUUACACUGCAGUAAAACUGGUUUGAUAGAAAGAUGUAUGUAACGCAUUGAUGCAUGGAUUAAAUUUAUUGCAUUCCUUCACAA